AGCUUUCGGGAGGAGCUGAGCGGACGGCAGUGGAGCUCUAGAUAGACAGGCUUCACACAGAGCACCGGGAGCCGCGUCCCCCCCGCGAGGGAGUAGAAUGGCUUCAGAUCCCCUGUCAGAUCUUCAUGAUGAUUUGGAGAAAGAUGAAACCAGUCAGUCCCUAGACCAACUGAAACUGGCUUCACUCGAUGACAAGAACUGGCCCUCAGAUGAUGUACAGGACUUCCCCAAGUCAGCUGAAGACUCCAAGCCAUCUCCUGAUCCUAUCACACACCUGCGAUGGGACGACCCAUAUUACGAUAUUGCACGACAUCAGAUUGUAGAGGUGGCAGGCGAUGACAAAUAUGGUCGUAAAAUUGUGGUAUUCAGUGCCUGUCGACUGCCUCCUUGUCAUGAACUUGAUCACAUAAAGCUGUUGGAGUACCUCAAGCACACGCUGGAUCAGUAUGUGGAGAGCGAUUACACACUGGUUUACCUACACCAUGGCUUAACAAGUGAAAACAAGCCUUCGCUGGGGUGGCUGAGAGAUGCCUACCGGGAGUUUGAUCGCAAGUACAAGAAAAAUAUCAAAGCUCUGUACAUAGUCCACCCUACCAUGUUCAUCAAAACAUUGCUGAUCCUGUUUAAACCUAUUAUCAGCUUCAAGUUUGGCCGAAAGAUUUUCUACGCAAAUUAUCUGAGUGACCUAGAAGAGCAUAUGAAGCUGGAGCAGCUGGGAAUCCCUAAGCAAAUACUCAAAUAUGAUGAGACCAUCCGCGCUAACUUGAAAACGCCGACACCCGUGGUAAAGACUACCCCACCGCGUCCUCCAUUACCAAACCAGCAGUUUGGGGUCUCUCUGCAGCACUUAAAAGAUAAGCGCUCUGAUAACGAGAAGAUACCGCAGGUUAUUCAGGAAACCAUAUCUUACCUGCUGGUAAACGCUCUGAGCACCGAAGGGAUAUUUCGGAGGUCAGCAAGUACUCAAGUGGUACGAGAGGUGCAGCAGAAGUAUAACAUGGGCGUUCAAUUCAGUUUCCAUGACUACGAGGAUGUCCACCUUCCUGCUGUCAUACUAAAGACUUUUCUUCGAGAACUGCCUGAACCACUGCUGACUUACAACCUAUACAGCUACGUUGUUUCGUUCUCCAGUAUAGAACAGGAGAAGCGGGUGGAGUCAGCUCGUCAAAUUCUGCAGACUUUGCCACCAGAGAACUUUGAGGUCCUGCAAUUCCUCUCCGCGUUCCUUGUGCAGGUGUCUGCUCGCAGUGAUGAAAAUAAAAUGACAAACACUAACUUGGCCGUGGUCUUUGGUCCAAACCUACUGUGGGCAAAAGAUGUAGCCAUGACUUUGAAAGCCAUUAAUCCCAUCAACACUUUUACCAAGUUCCUACUGGACAAUCAGAAGGAGCUGUUUGUGGAUCCUCAGCCUUGAGCGGAGGCAAUCCUGCUGGAACACAACACCACUGCCAUACCGCCUUCGCACAGCCUCCUCUCCCACAGCACUGUCUUUUACCAAUUCCCAUGAGCGCAUGUUGCAUGUAUCUCUAUGACACGUUGGAGCUGGGAUCUCCAAAUUAGAAAUAGCACAAAAACCCUUCCAAUGUGUACCAGCUGUGUGUUUGUAACUGUUGUGUGUGGUUUGGUGACUGCUAAUGCCUCUGGCAGGCUGUUGGCACUUUCAUUUCCCCAGCGAUGUUUGUGUAAGAGCAAGUUGUUGAGUUUGAGGUGGUGUGUUGUGGUGUGUGUGUUUUUGGAGAGCUGCUAAUUCCAAUGGUGUCUCCUCCCGUCCAGUGCUCACUUCCCUUUUUAAUGUUUUUUACUUCUGCUCUCCAUUGUAUGAUGUCAUGCAUAUCUAUAUAUCUGCUAUAUGAGCGUGCCAGCGUUCCCACUAAGAGGUAACAGGCCGGCAGAUAACCAGAUGUCCUUUUGUAAGUGCAGGGUUGCCGUGAACACUUUAGUUUUUCAGUGCCAACUGUUGUAAUAGUUAUAAAAAGUCUUCUGACCGUUUCUGAGUUAGCCUGUUCGCCCCAGAAGGUUUGUGUGUUUAUAUCUGCAUAUAGAUUUAUGUACAAGACCUAUAAUCCUGGCCAUGCUUCUCUCUUUCUAUUUACUGGUUUAUCCUAUAUUGUGUACCACGGGACCCAUUCGGUUACAUCUGAAAUAUUCAAGGGGAGUCAUUUCCAUUCCAGAUUUUGUAUAUCAGAUGCACCAAUAGCCAAAAUAUAGCUUUCCAUCUGGUUUUCAACAGUGAUGUCAGACUUUUGCUCGUCUCCCCUGCUAUUUGUUGAACUAACAUUUCCAUAAUACUAUGACCGACAUUGUCUGACCAAGAAUCAUGGGAACUGCAGUCCAAACAGAGCCUGGUGUGUCGCAGUACGGUAUUUCCGACCUGCAACGUCCACGUCUGAAGACUUCACAGACCCAGACAUUUUGUCUGACCAACGAAAUUGUCCAGGGAGAACCUUUAUUAGAAUAGGAAGGAAAUGUUAUGACACCGACACUUUCAAAACCGUGUUGGACAGCAAAAAUGUAAGCAAAUCCAUUGGUCCGAUCUAAACAGCAUGUUUUACCUGUAGCUUCAGCAGUUCUAAAUAUAGUUCUCAAGCAUCAUGAAAAGUCAACUAUUUGGAGAUUCCUUUAUUAUACAGUAAUCAGGAUUAUCUCCAAUUCAUGAACCAGAGGUUUAGUAAUUAUUGUACCUGGUAAUGAUUCCUCACAAUUUCCUAUUCUUGAAUGUUAUAGUGUAUAUUCUUUUAUACCGUUUUAACCAUGAUAACGACUGAUAAUUAACGGCGUUUUAGUCUGCAGAAAUUCUUUUGGAGCAGUAACAAACCUUUUGCUCUCCAGCCUGCGUGUUGCUCUGCAAUUAGCUAGCUGAGCAUAAUGGGACGUGUAGUUAAAAGACCACUGUAGUGCCAGGAAAGCAUACUCGUUUUCCUGGCACUAGAGUGCCCUGAGGGUGCCCCCACCCUCAGGGACCCCCU